GAUUGCAUUACAAGCACAACGCAGCCCCGUACCUCUAGGUUGACGCUUUUAGCUUCCUGGUUGGAGAGAUGUCACAAAAUGUCGACAUAUUGGUCCUGUCUGCUUCUCAUCGCAUCAUGGAUUUGCUUUCAAACACACUCGGUGUCAGGAGCCUGCACAUCAGGAACGUAUGGUUUGGACUGCAACUACACAUGUCACUGUAACACUCGAAACUGCAAUGACGUCACAGGCUGUUCCGACACCUGUAACAAAGGAUGGUCCGGACCAAAAUGCAAUAUACAAAACAUAGCUCUGGGUAAAGUAACCAUGCAGAGUUCUUACUGGCGAAAUUCGAUAAAUUCGUCACGUGCUGUAGAUGGGAUGAUGAACACAAAGUUUACCGAAAACUCGUGUAUCCACACAGGAAUCUGGUCGUCGUUGGAAUGGUGGCAGGUGGACCUCGGAAGAAACAUCUACAUACACAAGUUAGCCAUUUACUUCAGAACAGACGUAAAAAAGCGCAGAAAAGGCGUUACGGUGUACAGCUCUGUUGCCGACAAACAAACAAACACUGGUCACCCGUGUGGUACAGCAACGUUAGACAGUCCAGAUGUGACGUGGAUGAUAUGUAACAGCACAGCUAGAUACAUCACACUCUAUCGAGAUACAUAUGGAGACAAGGCGAUGGAUUUCUGUGAAGUCCAAGUAUUUAUCUGUGAUGCUGGGACAUUCGGUGAUGACUGCAGAUAUUUCUGUCACUGUCUGAAUGGACCGUGUAACUAUGUAACUGGAGAAUGUUCGGGAGGAUGUAAACCAAACUGGAGUGGACAGACGUGCAGUGAGUGUGAUUCUGAUCACUAUGGUCCUCUGUGCGGGAAACCUUGCUCCAGCAGACAGUGUGAUGAAUCAGGUGGUAAAUCCUCGUGUAACAAAACGACUGGACGGUGUGAUAACGGAUGUACAGCAGGAUGGAAGGAACACGAUUGUACAAAGGAUAACUGGGGAUUGCUGGGUAAUUUUCGGAUAAACAACAAGGAUCCGAGCAAGUCGGGUCUGAGUUAA